AUGGCUCGGAGGAAGGCGCCCCUCAAUGUUGACAACGCUCGUUUCUUCCUUCUUGCCGGACUCAUUCUCCUCUACCUGCUGUGCGGGGCCGCCAUUUUCUCUGUCCUGGAACACCCCUUUGAACUCCGGGCCCGCCGCCUGUGGACGCAGCAGCUGGAUAAUUUUACCCAACGAUACGGCGUCCACGAGAGCGCCCUGCGCACCCUACUGCGACACUACGAGGACGCCAACGGCGCAGGGAUACGAGUGGACGCAUUGAGGCCACGUUGGGACUUUUCCGGCGCCUUCUACUUUGUGGCUACAGUCGUCUCAACUAUUGGGUUCGGGAUGACCACGCCGGCAACCGUUUCGGGAAAAAUCUUCCUCAUCUUUUACGGCCUGAUCGGCUGCGCUGCGACCAUUCUAUUCUUCAACCUUUUCUUGGAGAGGAUCAUCACCAUGCUGGCCUACAUCAUGCGCUGGUGUCAUGAACGUCGCCUUUGCCGCGGCGGAGUCGGCGAUGCGUCGGCGAGGCAGGAGUCGUCCGCCGGAGAGGACAGCCUGGAAGGCUGGAAGCCUUCAGUGUAUAACGUGAUGCUGAUUUUAGGACUAGCGUCCAUAGUGAUCGCCUGCAGCGCUUCCACGUUGUACUGCUCAAUGGAGAAGUGGAGCUACGUGGAUUCCCUUUACUUCUGUUUUGUGGUCUUCAGCACGAUCGGAUUCGGGGACCUGGUGAGUAGCCAGAGGCAGAACUAUGAAUCUCAAGAGGCCUACCGCCUGGGGAACUGCUUUUUCAUCCUCAUGGGGGUGUGUUGCAUCUACUCGCUCUUUAACGUCAUUUCCAUCAUCAUCAAACAAACGCUCAACUGGAUUUUGGAAAAGAUUUGCUCUUGUCCCGCGAGCAGAUGCCGCCGGCUCCGCCGCCCCGACGGAAAGCGCGACCGCAGGCGUCGCCCGGCUAAUCCGGGAAAGCGACUGAAGCGCAACACGGUCCGGCCGCUGUCGUCUCACUGCCCUGCGGGAACGCGACGGUACGCCGACGGCUCGCCGGAGACCGUAUACGGCAGCGAGACGGACGGGGUGUACGUGGGCCGGCGGCCGUCGGGGGAGAUGAUAUGCGUUAAUGAAUUCAUGGUGUCUAAUAAGGUGUCGUUGGCGCUGCUGCAGAAGCAACUGAGCGAAACCGCGCACCAGGGGCCGCGGCAGAACGGAUUCUCGGACGGAGUCGGGGCGUUGGCCAUUAUGAAUAACCGUCUACAGGAAACCAGUUUUGAUAGGUAG